AGGGAUGCAUUAAGAGCAGAUAUACGACUACUUCCUAAUGAUGCAAGUCCUGGUCAAAAAGCUGCUAUAGAAGAAAAAUGCCAGAGAUUGGCAGCUAGAAUUGCCAAAUUUCAUGAAGCUGCUGAUUCCAUGACAGCAGGUAUGGAUCUUCAUGCUGGAACAGUUCACUCCGAUGAUCCUAGAUUCUGUGGUAUCCACAAUGAUGGAAAUGACUGGGAGGUCUUGGAUGAUGAAAUUUUGAAGGAUGUUGAAGAAGAAAUUCUUGCAGAAGAGAUGAGUAUAUGGAUGCCA